AUGCUUGAAUGGAGGGAAGCAUUUGGUGACCUCAACUCUACCUGCACAUUAUCUCAGGGACUUCCUUCGAGUGUUGCUGUCAGUGUAUCGCUGUUUGCCUGACACUACUUGCUGGACGCUGAUCAUUCCAAAUGUCAGCAUCUCGCUCUCCUCUCUCGCUCACAGUCUUCCGUGCCCCUGCUGACCCUUCACCGCUGCCUCGGCCAUCUCGCACCGUCGUCCAUACAGAAGAUGGUUGCCGCUGGUUUGCUGGAAGGUCUCGGGGCCGGAUAUAGUGACGAAGAGGUAGAGAAGUUUGUCUGCAAUGCUUGCCUCAGUGCAAAGGGCCAUCGUCUUCCUUUUCCCGAUUCGGACUCGCACUCCUCAGAGAGACUCGGCCUCGUACACAGCGAUGUGCUUUCCUUUCCCGAGUCGUCCUUGACUGGCAAGCGUUACCUGGUCACGUUUCUUGACGACUUCUCGCGCAAACUGUGGGCAUACGCGAUCGGACACAAAAGCGAAGUCUUUGGCGUGUUCAAGACAUGGCUUGCCGAGGUCGAACUCGAGACGGAUGCAAAACUGAAGGUCCUCCGAACCGACAAUGGUGGCGAAUACUGUUCGAGAGCGUUCACGGAAUUCUGUAAGGCACGCGGCACACGUCGACAAUACUCUAUCCCUCGAACGCCUCAACAGAACGGUCGUGCCGAACGAGUCAAUCGUUCUAUCGUCGAAGGUGUCCUUGCCCUCCUUGCAGACGCCCACUUACCCAAAUCAUUCUGGGAGGAGGCAGCAGCUUAUUUCGUCUACUGCAAGAACCUGUGCGAACACUCGGCCCUGGACAAGGCAACACCGAACUUCGCCUGGCAGGGCGACCGCACCAACGCCUCGGCGCUUCACCCGUUCGGCUGCACGGCUUGGCUCACAGUCGCGCCUGAACUUCGCUCGAAACUCGACCCGAAAGCGGUUCGCGUUCUCUUCACCGGCUAUGACCUGGCUUCUAAAGCCUUCCGUUUCUACGACACGACGACCAAGAAGAUCAGUUUGGGCAGAAAUGCCAGGUUCCUCGACAACGAAUUUCCCGGGUUACGUAGCGACUCCACCGAGCAAGACGCCGACACGCACUUCGCCAGCGCUUGCCCGACCACCGAAUCCCAAGCCGUUGUCAAGACAUGGACCCCACUAGUAAGGUCGGCGCACAUGGACGUCUCAUCCUCUCUUGAUGACUCUGCCAUGAGCGCCGUUGACGUGGCCCCAGGGUACACUGGCGGAACCUUACUUAAUUCCACAGAUGCCGAAUCGUCCUCGUCACCGUCUCCUGAGCCGUCCUCGUCACCGUCGCCCGCAACUCCCUUGUCACCGUCGCCUGCGCUGUCACCGUCGUUGGCUGCGUCAUCGUCACCCUCGGCCUUACCGACCGACUCUGACUACUCCGCCGACCCUCUGGACCUCAUCGGCUCACAGACCCCGACUCGCCUCGGCCCACCGGACGUGCACCGCCCAGACUUCAGCACGUACCGUGAGCCCGCAUCGGCUGAGGAGUCGCCCGACGAACUCGACAUCAUUGGGCGCCACUCGCGCGAUGAAUCGCCGGACGAAAUCGAUUUCCUCACCCAACACCACCGCGCCUUCAUCGCCACCGACGACGACAACUCUGACACAGAAGCCAUUCAACCAGUCAAGUCCAUCACCAGCGACCCACAGACAUGGCGCGAGGCAAUGUCGAGUGACAAGCGCGAAGUGUGGGCCAAGGCCGCUACCGACGAGUUCAAUUCCAUGCGCGACGACUUCAAGGUCUUCACCAUCGAGGACCGAUCCACGGUACCAGCGGGUGCGACCAUCGUCACAUCCAAGUUCGUCUGGAAAACGAAACGGAAUGCACUCGGCGAAGUCACCGGCCACAAGGCACGGCUCGUGGCGCAGGGAAAUCGGCAACGCGACGGCAUCGACUUCAACGAAACCUUCGCACCAGUCGCACGCUUCUCCUCGAUACGCUCACUCCUCGCGCUGGCGGCCGCCAACGGCUUGCACGUGCACCAGGCGGACAUCGACAAAGCCUAUCUGCAUGGCGACCUUGACCAUGACAUCUGGAUGACGACACCGCGCGGCUUCGACCUUCCCACCGACAAGGUGCUUCGUCUGCGACGCUCCAUCUACGGACUCAAAUAGGCUGGCCGAAUCUGGAAUCGACACAUCGACGCAUCGCUUCGAGAUCUCGGCUAUACGGCGACGGGCACCGACCACUGCGUGUACUCUCGGAUCGACGAUCGGCGACGCCCACACUACAUCGCGCUGUACGUCGACGACCUCCUGAUGAUCAGCCCCGACUUGGCCGAAAUUGAACGUGUCAUCUCGGGCCUCGAACAACGCUACGGCGUCAAGCGCCUCGGCCCGGCAGAGUACAUCCUCGGCAUCCAGAUCAGGCGACUCGAAGACGGUUCUAUUGCCCUGUCCCAGGAACGGUACAUCAUGGACGUGCUUGCUCGGUUCCACUUCGACACCACGACUCGCGGCACUACAGUCCCGAUGACCCCCGGCCUUUCGCUCACCGCCAUCCCGGGUCAAGGCACCGAACGGAUCAGGUCAUGGUAUCUGCAGGCUAUCGGCUCGCUCCUCUACAUUUCGCUCGGCACCCGCCCCGACAUCGCCUUCGCCGUGUCCUACCUGGCCCGCUUCGCCAACAACCCUGGACGUCGUCACUGGAUCGCGGUCAAGCACAUCCUCCGCUAUCUCCGGGCCACAUAUCGCGACGAACUGGUUUAUGCUUGCGGCGAGACACGCAUCACGGGCGUGGUUGGCUACUCCGACGCGAACUGGGGGGCCUGCGUCGAUACGUCGGUGUCCACUAUGGGCUACGUCUUCUACAUUGCCGGAUCCGCCGUGUCUUGGUCGUCCAAGCGUCAAUCUCGAGUUGCCGAUUCUACCACCGACGCUGAAUACCUCGCCCUCUCGCAUGCUGGCAAGGAAGGGAUCUACCUCAGUCAGCUGCUCGAGGAGCUCCAUGUCCAACCUGUUGCACCGGCUCACAUUUUUACUGACAAUGAAGCCGCUGCCGCAGUUGCCCACGACCCUGUCCGCGUCUCCGGCACUCGACACAUACGCUUGCGCGAGCACUUUGUUCGGGACAUGGUGAAUCGGGGCGAUAUCUCACUCUCGCAUGUGGGAACCAGCAACAUGGUGGCCGACAUCUUCACAAAGGCUCUUGGCCCAAAGAUUUUCUCGACACACUGCUACGCACUAGGCCUUCGCACUCGACACCCACGGCUUGGAUCUGCCUCGCAUUCGCGUGGGGGGGGGUGUGAAGAGUCCACUCUCAGCUCGACAGGGGCGCCUCGGUCGUUGCGCGCGCCUGCUAGCCUGGCCCCUGUGGUGGGGACUUAG